AUGUAGAAGAUGACAGAAGAAUUCGUUAAGACUAUAUUAUUAUCGUUAGCUUAGCUUUCGUACAUCAUCAUCAGCAAAGGGAGAUUCUAGUAACGUUAACGUUAGUGGCUAACGGCUAUCAGCUCCAACAACAGAGGUUAACCAAAGAUGUGCAAAUAAAAGUGAUGCUCCUCCACCGCGUAUGACCAAAGGUCCUAUCGAGCGCAACAGGACUGGUAGCAAUCGACGUCAAGAUGAUGAAGAAAAAGAAGUUUAAGUUCAGAGUGGAUUUUGAGCUUGACGAGCUGUCUUCGGUUCCGUUCGUGAACGGAGUUCUGUUCUGUAAAGUCCGCCUGCUCGACGGCGGAUUCUCGGAGGAGUCAUCGCGGGAGACGGUCCAGGCAAACUGUGUACGCUGGAGAAAAAGAUUCUCCUUUCCCUGUAAAAUGAGUGCAAAUGCUGGAACCGGAGUCCUUGACCCCUGUGUGUGUCGAGUUUCAGUCAGAAAGGAACUAAAAGGUGGAAAGACUUACGCAAAGCUGGGUUUUGCUGAUCUCAACCUUGCGGAGUUUGCAGGAUCGGGUAGCACCACACGCAGGUGUCUGCUGGAGGGUUAUGACACCAAAAACACUAGACAAGACAACUCCAUCCUUAAGGUGAUUAUUAGCACACAGUUGAUGUCUGGGGACCCCUGCUUCAAAACGCCUCCGUCCACCGCCAUGGUGAUAGGCAUUCAAGGUGAUGCCGAGAGCCUGCUGGAAGACAGGAAAGGAGGAGACACACAGAAACCUUUUCUGAGCCUCUCAGAGACAUCAGGGAAGUGUGGCUCUCUGCCUGAUGAACUGGGACUGUGCGGACACUCUCGAACGUCCAGUUAUGCUAGUCAGCAGUCCAAAGUAUCAGGCUAUAGUACGAGUCACUCGCGUUCCUCCAGUCUCUCGGAGUUCUCCCACAGGAGAAACGCUUCGAUCGGCAGUGCUUCCACUGGCAUUGCCAGCAUCCCUGAGCCCAGUGAGGAGAAUGACCAAACUACAGCGCCACCUACAGUCUGCGCUGCUGUGCCUGAACACCCAUCAACGCCUGACAGGGCUGCCAGCAGGUACCCAGUGAAACAGGACUCCAUGGAGUCUCAGCUGAAAAGGGUGGAUGCCACACGGGUGGAUGCUGAUGAUGUGGUAGAGAAGAUCCUGCAAAGCCAGGAUUUCACCCACAGUAUGCUGGACUCCAGCGCUGAAGAGGAAGGUCUGCGCUUGUUUGUGGGUCCUGGUGGGAGCACAGCACUUGGUAGCCACCACCUUCCUGCCAGGGUUGGAGCUGGUGCCUACGAACAGGUGGUGAUUAAACGCUAGUUGGGAGAUGCCAGAAGGAGAAGUGUCAAAAACCAAAGUCUGUUUCGUGGGAGGAGAAAGGGGCGAAGAGAUUCAGACAUGUUCGUCGUCUCUCACAUUAGCAGUGUUGAAACUUGUUUCAGUCUUUCGAUGAAACGGUGUCCUCUGCUGGCUAAAUAAUGAACUGACAGCUCCUCUGUAUGAGGCUGCCAUUUGGUGUCUUGUGUUUCACUGUGAGGUAAACUUUGUCUUAUAAUAUGUCUGCAAUUGCCCUAUAUUUUCCUCGAUGAUUUAAAAAAAACAACUUAUAUUUCAUAUUGUUAUUUUAGUGAGAUAUGUUUAUUUUUACCAUGUUUACAUGUUUGAACCAUUUUAAGGGGUCUGUCAGAAACAUUUGGUGGAUUAUAUACAUCAUUACAUAUACAUCUAUAUGUCUGCAGAUGAAGGUGACCUCUUUAUGCAUUUUUUUUUGUCAUUUCAUUACUGUACGAAUGGAAAUCAAACCGUCCUCACCCACCCGCGUCUCACUUUUUGCGUGUGAGAAGUCGUGAUGCGUUGAACAGAUGGAGCCGUUUUCAGAC